CCACCGAUAAGUGCGGUCAGCGAAGGAAGCGGACGUUGCGCAGUUCGACCUGGGUCGGAGUAACAGAAACAAUGUCUUCCUCUUCCUUCACGGACUCUCCCGCGUCGACUCGUCCCUUCGACGACGACGGCUACUUGGGCUACGAUCCUCGCCUCACUUCGCAACGUUUCGACUCUUUCUCUAAUUUCACGGAUAACGAGUCUGUCAAGGACUCGGUCGGUGACUCGUCUCCCAUCUUCAAUAACCCCUCUUACAGUACCGGAGACGACGGAUUUAUCUCACAGACGGUGCCUGAAACUCCGUCCCCGCAGUCGAUCUUUACUGGAGGUGGCGGAUUUUCGUCCUUCUCUCCGGAAUCUAAUGGAAAGACGUUUGAUGAUGGUUUUGUCGCGUCCGACGGGCCGAUGCUGCCGCCUCCAUCGGAGAUGCAAUCUGAAGAGGGUUUUGCACUUAGAGAGUGGAGAAGGCUGAAUGCAAUUCGCUUAGAGGAAAAGGAGAAGAGGGAGAAAGAAUUGUUGAACCAAAUAAUUGAUGAAGCAGACGAAUACAAAAUUGAGUUCUACCGGAGGAGGAAGGUCACAAUUGAGACAAACAAAUCUACUAACAGGGAGAAAGAGAAGAUAUUUUUGGCCAACCAGGACAAGUUUCAUGGAGAGGCUGAUAAGAAUUACUGGAAGGCGAUUGCUGAACUCGUCCCUUAUGAAGUGCCGGCAAUAGAAAAAAAGAGGGGAAAGAAGGACCAGGAAAAGAAGCCUUCAAUUGUUGUUAUUCAAGGGCCAAAGCCUGGGAAACCAACUGAUCUCUCAAGGAUGCGCCAGAUUCUUGUGAAGCUCAAGCACAAUCCACCUCCUCACAUGAAGCCACCUCCACCUCCUGCACUGGCACCUGCUAAAGAUGCUAAAUCGAGUCUUGCUGUUGCUACUGCCCCGAAGGCUGCCACUCCUCCUGAGGCUGUAGCUGCUGCUUGAAAGCAUAUUAUGUGAUGUUUCCCCUCCUUGGCAUCUGCUUUUGUAUGCUAGUCUAGGUCGGACAACCGUGCUGUUGGAGCUUCUUUGUUUGAUUCUAGCUUUAUGAGUCUGAAAACAAACAUAUCUGAGCUUUGCUAGGUUAGAUAUAUACUGGUUUUUACAAUGUAGAAAAAGGGUGUUCUGCUUGUUUUGGGUUUAGAUAAUGUAGAAAAAGGAUCUUCUGCUUGUUCUGGGUUUUGACAUUGUAGAAAAGGGUAUUGUGCUUGUUUCUUAUGUAGUAUUGCAUUUCGUUGUGCUAAUGUUGCUUCUUACCAUUUGUGCUGGUUGUAUGGUAUUAGUCUGAACGUUGCUGC